AUGUUUACGGCAACGAGUGAUGGGCCCCCUUUGUGUUUUCUUGUUCGUUUGCAUGAAAAGGAUGAAGUAACUAUAUUAAGGUCCACUGUCUACCCUUGGUUAUGUUUGAGAAUUGGAAAUGGCCAAACCUGUCGGUUUUGGAGCGAUAAUUGGAGUCCGUUUGGUUGCAUCUCUGACUUCUUGAACCUUCCUCCAUCCUCUCGUCUGGGAAUCUCAAGAACCGCUACUCUGUCAGACCUGAAUGAGAAUGGAAAUUGGCUGCUUCAUGCAGCAAGAUCGGAGGAGCAAGUUCAGAUUCAAGUAUACUUAUCAAGAUACUUAUCAACUAUCUUUCUCUCGGAGGAGGAAGACCAGUAUGAGUGGAUAAUCGAUGGUUCAAGGAGCACUACUUUUUCGACAGGAGCAGUCUACAGAGAGCUUAAACAUCACAAUCCGGUGGUGAGUUGGAGCAAGACAGUGUGGUGUCCAAGGGGUACCCCUAAACACAGCUUCCUUGCGUGGCUGUUUGUCCUGAACCGCUGCCCCACUAGAGACCGCCUGCUAUCCUGGGGGCUUAAUACACUCUCUUCCUGCCUUCUCUGCAACUCCGCUGACAAAAGCCACUCUCUCUGCUCUUCAACAUCUGUCGGGACCGAGACAUGCAAAACUCCUAGUUCUCUUCGCGUGGCAGUGCACCAUCUAUCUCAUCUGGUCAGAAAGGAACGCUCGGUUGCAUAUAAGCAUCUAUCAGCCUCCAGACUCAAUCAUCUCCUCCAUUGCAGCUUACAUCAAAACAAAAAUAGCGGCGAUCAUCUUCAAUCUUCCAAUUCUGGUAUCGGUGAUCUCUAUCUUUCUGACUUCCUACUGGAUCAAAAUAUUUCCCACUUGAGCUUUUCUAAAUUGUGGUUCAAUUAUAUGGAACUAUGGAUUUGUGUUUGUAUUAAUGGACAAGGUCCACGAAACUGUCCGCUGGACCGAAGUCUUUUGUAAUUUGCUUUAUGUUUUAAAUAGAACUAGAUAUU